AUGAUUCGUUGAGCAGCAGCUCACUCCCCCCGUCGGCUGGGUAGUACACGUCAGCAGUGAAUGAAGUUGUACCCAAGAUGUAUCAUGUCCUAUCAUCCUCUUCCUGGUGUGAGCGUGUUGACACCUGGUUGACACAUUACACCUAAUUUGGGUGGUAAAAAAAACUGGCAAAUGGCUCGGUUUUGAAGAGGAAAUACAGUCAUGCGAGAAGAAAAGCAGCCGUCAUAACACGUUUGACAUUUAGUUAAAGACACGCAUCGUUGGACAGUAAUAAUAAGAGUUUCUCCGCACGAGGAAAACUGUCGCGAGGAAGUUUACAAUGAAGGAGCUCGCGGUGAAUCCAAGCCAUUUCUGUUGAAGUCCAAAGUCUGUUUUUACUUUAAGAAAAUGAGGUUUCGGCUGCUCAAAAAGAAUCUGCUCGCGCUGCUGGGUGUUUCCUUUGUCGUUGUGACUCUGCUUAUUUCCACACGUGUGUUAUUAGUCAACGAUAAUGACACAACUGGACCUAAUAACGUCGAGCCGGGACACCAGGGAAUGCAUUCUGGUGACGCGGUAAAGUUUAACUUUGGCUCGCCUACAGAGUUGACUCAGUCCGUUUACAGUGCCAAUUACAAGCAGUGUGUUCACAACGCGGAUACGUUUCCAGGGGAGCCUCUGCUGGUGCUGGUAGUUCAGGUCCACAACAGGCCUGAAUACCUCAGACUGUUCAUCAAGUCACUGGAGAAAGCUGCUGAGGUCCACAGCUUCCUCCUUAUUUUUAGCCAUGACUACUUUUCAGAGGAAAUAAACGCCAUUGUGCAAGGGAUAACUUUCUGCAAAGUACUGCAGAUUUAUUUCCCCUUCAGCACUCAGCUGUAUCCCAGCGAGUUUCCUGGGAAGGAUCCAAGGGACUGCCCUCGAGACAUAUCCAAGGAAAACGCUCGCAAAACAGGAUGCCUCAACGCAGAACACCCUGACUCCUAUGGACACUACAGGGAGGCCUUCAUCACUCAGACUAAACACCACUGGUGGUGGAAACUGCACUUCGUGUGGGAGCGAGUGCCGGCCCUGCAGGGCUACAGCGGCUUUGUGAUCUUCCUGGAGGAGGAUAACUACAUCCUACCUGACUUUUUCCACUACUAUAAAUCAAUGGUGGAAUUCAGGAAAAGCAGCUGCCCCGAUUGUGACAUGCUAGCCUUGGGUAACCACAAUGGUCUCACUGAUUUCAACAGACUGUCCAAUAAGGUGUUGACCGCUGGGUGGAUGUCCACUAAACACAACAUAGGCAUGGCCAUCUCCAGAGAUGUGUACUACAAACUGAUGGGCUGCCACGAGGAAUUCUGCACCUACGACGACUACAACUGGGACUGGACUCUGCAGCACCUCUCGGGAACCUGCAUAUCAAAGCCCAUCAAGGUACUGGUGGCGCAGGGCUCCAGGGUCCUCCACACAGGAGACUGUGGCCUUCACCAGAAGGAGAACUGCAGGCCAGAAUGGGCCACACAGAAGGUGGAGGAGAGCCUUAAAACGGCCAAAGAGGCUCUCUUUCCUCAAUCUCUCAUCCUUCAGGAUGCAGAGGCAGUAGAGCACAAGACACACAUGAAGAACGGAGGAUGGGGAGACGUUCGGGACCAUAUUCUAUGCAAGAACUACGCCAAACGUCUUUGAACUGUAACUUUUCUUGGGUCAAAUGUUAGUUGGUAUUCUGCAGACGUGCCAUUCAUACAUAACUUUUCAGGGUUUCGGAGGCUGCACUGGGUUGUGUUUUCACUUGGAGUGUUCUCUAUUUACAGCAAGGUCUUUCAAGGAAAUUGGACCAAAUCAAGUCCAAAAAUGCUGCAUGUACACAGCUAGCUUUAACUCUUUUUUUACUCACCAAAGCUGCACAGUUGCCAAAGAUUUUGUUGAUAUUUGUGUUGUUUUAAAUGCAAGCUGGGCUCAAUUUCAUUUCACCAGUUUUGUUUUACUCUGGGUGCCUUACAAUCCAAAACAUUAGAUUUAUUGCACAGUGCUGGGUAUAUCUAUAUCAGAACUUAUUUUCUACUGUGUUGCAUUCAUGAACCAUUUAGAAUCAUUUUACAUGUGCCUUUACGGUACAGGUUUUAAGUGCGACAAUACAAAAGGCACGUGUAAUGUACAGACUUAAUCAAAUGUGUAUGACAAUCUUACAUAUGAUGGAGAACUUGUUUACACAACAGUCUUCUUAAAGUUGAAUGAGAACAUUAUUUCAUGCACAUAAUGGUAUCUGUGUUACUGAAUGUAACCAGGGGGCUUUUUUUUGAGGAGAGGUCAGCUGAUACCACUUACUUACUCAGUCUCCCCCUCCCCACUGCAUUGACCCCUGGCUACAAAAAGAGAGCUUGAUUGAAAUUGAUUUUUUUCCUUCUUCUGUUGUGACUGUAUAUUUGCUUUCUGAUAGGUGAAAGCAACCUUUUGGAGUCUUGUUCAAGGUCUGUCUUCCUGCAAACUCGAGUCAUCUGGGAUUCAGCAUUUCUAUAUUUGCACCUUUUCAUUCAGCUGUUAGGGACAUUUAAAAACACAUUCACACUAAAGUAACCUUUAUUUACAGUAGAAAACUGAGAGAAUUAACUAAAUAUAUUGAUGCUAUUAUAGCCUUAAAGCUGACCAAAAGUGCCUUUGAUUGUUACUUUGUGCCUAAACUCGUUUUAAAAGAGAUUUUUAAUGGUGCACUGCUAACAUUGUUGUUCACAUUAUGUGCCUGUCAGUGCUAGGGACUUGUAGUUCACCUCGUAAAUAUAUAUAUUUUUGGUAUUGUCUUUCUUCAUGAGAUGUUGAGGGAAAAGUGAAUGGUAAUGUCACCAAAAUCUUCAUUGUAAAAUUAUGUUAAAUAAUUGCAUCGCUUUGCCCUUUUCCUCGCAAAAGGUGACAGUGGCUCCACUCAGAGUGGUUUCAUCUGAUAUUGGUGCAUGUCAGCGUCCCUAAUGGAGAUUCCUGGUAAAUGAAUAUGAAGUGAAUGUGAUAAUGAAAUAGAUAAAUCUUAUGUUGAAAAGCACAAUGCAUUCUUAAGGAACAUGUCAAAGAUAGCCUUAUACACAAAGAUGUACUAUGUAAAAAUGACUUGUAUGUUAGUAUGUAUGUGGUAUGUGUAAUGAUUCUUUAGUUUGUUGAGAGUGCUUUUUUGUUGUUGCUUGUUUUCUUUUCUUUCUGAUUAUCACUUGAAAUAGCUUUUUGUGGUUCACCUAAUGUUUGCCAAAUGGGGAAAAAAAUAAAAGGCAGAAUUGUCAAUGAGCUUU